AUGUCUCACGUAUCAGAUAUGAAAAUUCUCUUUUCUAGGUUGUGUUCUAUGAAAAAUGGUUUACCUUCAUUUAAAUAUGGAAGUCGAAACUUCAGCCAGAAUAUUGAUAAACCACCACAGCCUUUACCCAAAGGCAGUGUCACACCUCUGCCACCUCUAUCAGAACCAAUGCCGAAUCUUCCACCAGUGACCUAUGCAUCUUCAAAAGCCGAUAACUAUACUACAGAAGUGACUAUAUUAAGUAAUGGACUAAGAGUUGCAUCAGAAAAAAAAUUUGGUCAAUUCUGUACUGCUGGAGUUGUCAUUGAUUCAGGACCAAGAUAUGAAGUUGCAUACCCUAACGGUAUUUGUCAUUUCCUUGAAAAACUUAGCUUUGGGGCAACUCAUAAGUUUCCCACUCGUGAUAUGAUGCUAAGAGAAUUAGAACGACAUGGUGGUAUAUGUGACUGUCAAGGCUCUCGAGAUACAACAGUUUAUGCUACCAGUGCUGAUUCCAGGGGUCUGGAAGCUGUAACUCAAGUAUUAGCUGAAGUUACUCUUAGACCUCAACUAACUACAGAGGAGAUUGAAGGAGCUAGACAAGCCGUGGCAUUUGAGCUUGAAACUUUGUCUAUGAGACCUGAACAAGAAACUAUUUUAAUGGACAUGAUACAUUCAGCUGCAUACAAAAUGAAUACUCUGGGCCUUCCAAAAAUAUGUCCUAAUGAGAAUGUAUCGAAAAUUGAUAGAAGCAUAAUAUUGAACUAUUUGCAAAAUCAUUACACUCCAGAUAGAAUGGUUGUAGCAGCAGUUGGAGUAGAUCAUGGUCCUUUUGUGGAAUUUGUACAGAAAUAUUUUGUUGAUAUGAAUCCAACAUGGGACGCUGCGGAAAGCUUUACUCCACAAACAGACAAGUCCAUUGCUCAAUAUACAGGAGGAUUGAUUCAGGAAGAGUGUGAAAUACCAUUGUACCCCGGAUCAGACUUACCAGAGUUAUCGCAUGUUGUUAUUGGAUUAGAAAGCUGCGCGCACAGCGACCCGGACUUCGUGGCGACGUGCGUGCUCAACAUGAUGAUGGGCGGCGGCGGCUCGUUCUCGGCGGGCGGGCCCGGCAAGGGCAUGUACACGCGCCUCUACACCAACGUGCUCAAUAGAUACCAUUGGAUGUUCAAUGCCACGGCGUACAACCACGCGUACGGCGACACGGGCCUGUUCUGCGUGCACGCCGCCGCGCCGCCAGCGCGCCUGCACGACACCGCGCUCGUGGUGGCGCGCGAGCUCGCCGCCAUGGCCGGGCCCGUCGCCGCCAACGAGCUGCGGAGAGCAAAGACUCAACUUCAGUCGAUGCUGUUGAUGAACCUCGAAGCGAGGCCGGUCGUGUUCGAGGACGUCGGCCGGCAAGUAUUAGCUACGGGCAAGAGGAAACCGCCGACGUUCUUUAUCAACGAAAUUGAAAAAAUAACAGCGUCGGACAUCCAGCGCGUGGCGCGCCGCAUGCUGGGCAAGCCGCCGGCGGUGGCGGCGCGCGGCCGCCUGGCGCACCUGCCCGCGCUCGCCGACAUACACGCCAACAUGGCGCCCGACGCGCCGCCCGCGCGACGCCUCAACCUCUUCCGCAUG